AUGUCUCUACGCCAAAUGCCCCCUCAAAGCAAACCAUUCUCCAUCGCCAUUAUCGGCGGCGGUAUUGGCGGACUUUGUCUAGCUCUAGGACUCAUCCGUCGAGGCAUCCCCGUCCAAGUCUAUGAACAAGCCCCUGAAUUUGGCGAAAUCGGUCAAGGAGUUGCAUUUGGGCCUAACAGUGCUCGCGCCAUGAAAUUGGUCGAUCCAGCGAUCCGCGAAGCAUUCGAUAGACUCGCCACCCAUGCCGCCGAAGAAGAAACAGAAGGUAUUGGACGGACUUGGAUCAACUUCCGUUAUGGGGGCGAUAAUACGGACAUGAUCGCCAAGAUUCAAACAUUCGAUUCAGAUUUGACUGGACUUAGUAGCGUCCAUCGGGCGAGAUUCAUGGAGGAGCUGGUGAAGCUCGUGCCAGAGGGAAUCGCAAACUUCAACAAACGAUUCUUUAGUAUGAAGAAUCUUGAAAGUGGCCAAAUCGAAAUCACAUUCGCUGAUGGGUCGACUGCAAGAUCAGAUGCUGUUGUGGGAUGUGAUGGCAUUCGAAGCUCUGUCCGCCAAGUACUUUUGGCAAGGAAGAGCGCCGAGGAGGAUCUGUCGUUUUCUGGUACGGUUGCCUACAGAGCUAUCAUUCCCAUGGAGAAGGCCAAGGAAGCUCUUGGAGAGGGCUUCGCCGUCAACGCUCAGAUGUUUCUUGCUCCAGGGGGUCAUGUUCUCUGUUAUCCGAUUGAUCAUGGCAAGACCGUCAAUGUUAUUGCUUCGGUGAACAAAGGUGAGGCAUGGAACCAUGAAGGGUGGGUCAUCAAAGAUGCAAAGUAUGAUGACAUGAAGAGGGACUUUGUUGGAUGGUGUGAUGAAGUUCAGAAUGUUAUAUCUAUGAUCAAAGACCACCACCCAGACAAGUGGGCACUCUUCGAUACAUUACCCCUUCCCACAUUCUACAAGGCAAACGUUGCUCUCCUCGGCGACUCUGCUCACGCCACACUUCCACAUCAAGGUUCCGGAGCAGGCCAAGCCGUCGAAGAUGCACUUAUUCUUGCCGAAGUCCUCGCAGAUGUCAACACCAAAACAGCAGCCGACAUUCCAAUGGCCUUCAAAGCAUACGAUGCCAUCCGUAGACCGCGGUCUCAGAAAGUUGUGAAGACGAGUCGGCAAGCUGGGGAGAUGUACAACUUUCAGGGCCCGUAUGGCCGUGAUCUGAAUAAACUCCGUGACGAUGCCUUGUCGCGGUUCCACUGGAUCUGGUAUGAGGAUAUGGAAGUUCAAAUUCAGCGCGCGACUGCUAUGUUGGGUGAGGUCAUUGCAAGGCUAUGA